AUGAAACACGUCUUGCUGCAACGCCUACUGAACGAACCGUCUUCGUGCUCGGAAGCAAAGGAGUUUAAAUGCUUUCGUUUUAUUUCAUUUCAGGGCAAAUCGACACUUAUAAAUCGUUUUUUAGAUCGUGAUGAUGUACCGAGACCAACACUAGCUUUAGAAUAUUCGUUCGGUCGAAAAACUGCGUCGGGACAAGGCGCACAAAAGAACAUAUGCAACGUGUGGGAACUGGGCAGCCUAUCAAACUCCAGUCAGCUGAUAGAGAUGCCCAUUCGCUCCCAUGGACUUCAAACAUUCUCGAGCAUCAUUAUGCUAGAUCUUUCCCAACCCGACCGACUGUGGACCGAUCUCGAAAGUGUGCUAAAUGGUUUGAGGCAAGCCACCGAAAAACACGCUACCCUGGGUCAGAUAGAAGAAAUGAAAGCACUCACUGUACAGCGAAUCGGUAAAGACCAUCCUGACCUAAACACGCUAGAGUUGUUCCCCUUUCCAAUCGUCAUCGUCGGUGGUAAGUACGACGUUUACCAAAAUUUGGACUCGGAGGUACGAAAACACGUGUGCCGAUGUUUGCGCUCCAUCGCUCACACUCUAGGUGCCGGGUUGGUGUACUAUUCUUCGAAAAACUCCUCCGUUUCUAAACUCGCCAGAGACACGAUGAACCAUUUAGGUUUCGGAAGUCCUUCAAAUCCGUUUCGGGCGGCCUCUUUUGAUCAUUCGUCACCGCUAGCCAUACCGUUCGGGGCGGAUUCGUGGGCACGGAUCGGAGUAACGCCGAGUAAUUCGGAGCGCAUAGGCCAUAGUUUUAGUACGCAAAUUCCCCAACUGCCGUUGGCAAACAGUGGUAUCGUGCCAGACGAUCCAGCGAAAGACACCGGAUUUAAGGAGGUUUCCAUUGACGAACUGCGCUCGCAAAAGGAUGAAGAACUGAUGUACGUGCUGAAGGAUACCGAGAUACGAAUGAAGUUUGAAGUCGUACAGUAA